AUGGGCAGAGGGAGACGCUUUCGUCCGGUUUGGUACGGCGUCUUCGGCGCGCUGGUGCUGAUGUUUCCAGCCAAAACAGAGAUAAGUUGCAGGUCGUGUCAGCUGGCGACGGGCGAGUGGCGACCGAGGCAGCAGCUUUUGCUGCUGAAGCUGAAAAUGGACACCCCCGAGUCCCUCCUUCAGGCAACAGGGUCCCGAGGCGAAGUUGCCGGAGAUUUCGGCUCGUCGUCCGCCGGGGACUGGGAGCAGUGGGAGCAGCCUGAGAACGGCGAGCCGGAGGAGGGGAGGAAAGCAGCGGCGCCGUCGUCGAGGCGAAGACGGAGUACGAGCGGCUUUAGCUUGAACGAGGCGCUCGGCAAACUCGCUAAACUGGGCUCGACUUUAAGCCGCGGCAAAGUUCAUAAGCGCGAGCGCCGUGGACGUAGGAGCAGCAGCAGCUGGGGGGCAGAGAGCGGGGCGCCCCGGGCUGAGCUCAGGUGGAAUAAGGAGGAGAGGAGAGCAUCCAGCCCCAGGCAAGAGGAGCUGAAACUUACCAGCUCUACCUUCGCCCUGACCGGAGACUCCGCUCACAACCAAGCUAUGGUUCACUGGUCCGGCCAGAACAGCAGCGUAAUUCUUAUGCUGACCAAGCUGUACGACUUCAACCUGGGGAGCGUCACUGAGAGCUCCUUGUGGAGGUCAACCGACUACGGAACCACUUACGAGAAGCUUAAUGAAAAAGUGGGGGUGAAGACCAUACUGAGUUACUUGUACGUCAGUCCAAACAACAAGAGAAAGAUCAUGUUGUUGACAGACCCGGAGGUGGAGAACAGUCUGCUGAUCAGCACAGAUGAGGGCGCCACCUAUCAGAAAUACCGCCUCAACUUCUACAUCCUCAGCCUCCUUUUCCACCCUGAGCAGGAGGACUGGAUACUCGCCUAUAGCCACGACCAGAAGCUCUACAGCUCGGUUGAGUUCGGACGGCGGUGGCAGCUGGUUCAUGAAAGAGUCGCUCCGAAUCGAUUCUACUGGUCCAAAAUGGGUCUCGAUAAAGAGCCCGGGCUGAUUCACCUGGAGACCAGCAUUUCAGAAACACAGGCUCUUUAUGUCACCUGCAAACUGCAGAAUUGCACGGAGGCCAACAAGGGCAAACCGUUCCCCGGCUACAUCGACCCCAAUUCCCUGGUGGUGCAGGGCGAGUAUGUGUUUGUCCAGGUGUCAACGGGCGGCCGGCCAAUCUACUACGUGUCAUCAAGACGAGACCUGUUCACACCCAUGAAGCUGCCCAAGUACACCCUUCCAAAGGACCUGCAUGUGAUCAGCACGGAUGAGAACCGGGUGGUGGCUGCGGUCCAGGAGUGGAACCAGAAUGACACCUAUAACCUGUACGUCUCUGAGGCUGGAGGAGUCUACUACACCCUCGCUCUGGAGAACGUCAUGAGCAGCAUGGGACCAGAGGGCAACGUCAUGAUCGACCUGUAUGAGGUGGCAGGAAUCAAGGGAAUGUUUCUGGCCAACAAGAAGAUUGAGGAGCAAGUGAAGACAUAUAUUACAUAUAAUAAAGGCAGAGACUGGAGGCUGCUGCAGGCGCCCUCUUCUGACCUGCAGGGGAACAGCAUCCACUGCAUAUUGCCAUACUGCUCGUUGCAUUUGCACCUACAUGUAUCAGCAAACCCCUACACGUCCGGAAACAUAGCCAGCAAGGAGUCGGCACCUGGAAUCAUAGUGGCGUCAGGUUCUAUAGGUGCAGAGCUGACAACCAGUAAUGUUAGCAUGUUCAUCACAUCUGAUGCUGGAAACACAUGGAGGCAGAUUUUUGAUGAGGAAUACAGCGUCCUAUAUCUGGACCAAGGUGGAGCACUGGUGGCUAUCCGGCACACGCCCCUCCCCAUCAGACACCUAUGGUUGAGUUUCGAUGAGGGGAGAGUGUGGAAUAAGUACAGUUUCACAUCAUCGCCGCUGUUUGUGGACGGAGUUCUGGGCGAGCCUGGCGAAGAAACACUCAUUAUGACAAUCUUCGGUCACGUCAGUCAUCGGUCCGAGUGGCAGCUGGUGAAGAUCGACUUCAGGUCUAUUUUUAACAGGCGAUGCACUGAGGCGGACUACCAGACCUGGCACCUCCACAACCAGGGUGAGCCAUGUCUGAUGGGCGUGAAGAGAAUCUACCGGAAGCUGAAGCCCAUAGCCAGGUGUGUUAUGGGUAAGACCUAUUCAGUCAGCGUGACGUCGGAGCCAUGUGACUGCACCGAAUCUGAUUUUGAAUGUGAUUAUGGAUAUGAACGGAGGACAGAUGGCAGGUGUACUCCAGCUUUCUGGUUUCAGCCUUCAUCCAUGUCCAGAAGCUGCACUACAGGCCACACAUUCCUCAACAGCACUGGAUACAGAAAAGUGGUGUCUAAUAACUGCACUGCCGGUGUGAAGGACCUGUACACGGCGCGGAGACUGCCGUGCCCCAGCCAGGCCCCUAAAGGCCUCCACCUGGUUACAAGCGAGGGCAAGCUCACAGCCCUGCUGAGCCACAAUGUCACCUUCCUCGUUUUCCUUGAGCAGGGUGAUGGAUCAAGGACGAGCAUCACAGUGGACUUCGGUGAUGGCAAUGCUAUCACAUACUCCAACGUGAGCUCCAUCGAGGAUGGGAUCAAACACGUCUACAAGAACGUAGGAAUCUACCGAGUGUCUGCCACAGCCGAGAACAGCCUUGGGUCUGAGACAGCAGUGCUUUUCUUACAUGUUACAUGUCAGCUGGAGUAUAUCCAUCUCUCUGCUCCCUUUGUGGCGGUGAAAAAUAAGGAAGUCAACUUGACAGCGGUUCUGUGGCCGAGCCAAGUGGGAACCGUCACCUACAUCUGGUGGUUUGGGAACAACUCAGAGCCGGUAAUCACACUGGAGGGAAGUGUGGCAUUCACGUUCCCAAGGGAGGGAAUCAACAUCGUCACCGUGCAGGUGGCAGCUGGGAAUACUAUCCUGCAAGACAGGAAAACCAUCGCCGUCCACGAAUAUUUCCGGUCCCAUCUUUUGGCCUUCUCCUCCAAUCUGGAUGAUCACAACCCUGAUGUGUCCGAGUGGAGGCUGGACGUUAGCAGAGUCAUCAAAAACUCCAUGGUCCAAGCCACUGGAGUGAGUCCGGAGCAGCUGUUGGUCACUGUGUUGCCAGGACUGCCCACGGCCGCCGAGUUCUUCCUGCUACCAGACAAAGAAGUGACAGAGGGCAAACCAGAGAAAACGACAACACAUUUAGACCAGCUCUUGGAGUUAGUUCUGGCUGCCCUGAACCAGAACCAGGUCCAGUUCACAUUAAGACCAGGAGUUCAAAUCACAGUCUAUGCUGCACACUUAUCUGCAGCACCCCUAGUGGACACCAGUGAGAACCACAGCAGCUCGGCCAUGCUCAUGCUCCUGUCGGUGGUGGUGGUGGGUUUAGCCGUGUUCCUCAUCUAUAAAUUCAAAAGGAAGAUCCCAGGCCUCCACCUCUAUGCGGCGAUGCAGGACGAAAAAGAGCAAGAAAUGAUCCGGAGUCCAGUGAGCCCGACGGAGAGCACCCCCAGCUGCAGCUCUCAGCGACAGCUUCUCACCUCACCGGAGCCUCUGGACACCGAGGUCAACACACAGCCCAUCGAAUGCAUUAAGUCUCACCCACGUGUCAAAUUCUCUACAGAACUUCCUACGUACAUCGACGUCUGAGUCUGAGUUUCCAGACUAUCAUGCAAAGGACAUUGAACAUCCAGACACAAAGGUUUUAAGCUUUAUACG